ACUGCAGUGACCACACAGGUCAGUCCUGAGCACACUUACUCCACUCUGCCUGAGAUAAUUUCUCUUCUACUGAUUCUUUUUUUGGAUGUAAACUGCACAGCAAAAGGUGAACCAUACCGUGGCCAGUGAUUUAAAAAGAGAUUUGUAAUCAGCAUGAUCAGAGCAGGUGUCUCCGUGCUGCUGGUGAUUUCCUGUGUGGGCUAUGCAGCAGGGCGUGUCUUCGGAGUGAGCAGUAAUAGCAGUAAGUCUCCAUCGGACUGGAUUUGGAACAAAAUACACUGCUGGGAGGGCCUUAAAGAGCCCACAGGGAUUGGAAAGAUCCAGUCAGUUUGGCACAAGGAAGGACAAACUAGGUAUCAAAUCCAGGGUGAGGGAGCUGGCACUAUUUUUAAGGUGGACCCCGACACUGGCGAUAUUGUUGUCUACAGAGAGUUGGACCGGGAGAAGAAGGAUCACUACAAAUUGCAAGGAACUGUGAUUGACAAGAAAACUUCGCAGCCAGUUGGCCCUGUCACCAACUUUACUAUUCAAGUACUGGACGUCAAUGAUAAUGCACCCAUAUUCAUCAAAGAUCCAUUCAAUGGAACUGUCGCUGAAAUGUCCAGCAAAGGAACCUCCGUUCUGGCUGUCAGUGCUCAUGAUCCGGAUGAUCCAACAGUUUACAAAAAUGCCAAAGUAACAUACAAAAUUCUGAGCAAGCAGGAAGAUUUCAACAUGGACCCAUACACAGGAAUCAUAUAUGUAAACAACUCAAAACUGGACCGAGAAAAGAAGAAAAAUUAUCAGCUGGUAGUACAGGCCAAGGACAUGGAAUUUGAAAUAGGAGGAAAGAGUUCUUCAGCAACUGUAUACAUCUCUCUGACCGACAUUAAUGACAACGCACCCUACUUCGAACACAGCCAAUAUAAUCAUACGGUGCCAGAAAACACCUCGAUUGGAGUUGAAUUCGGACGAGUGAAGGCAAAGGAUCUCGAUGAAGGAGAGAAUGCAAAGAUCUUGUACACAAUUGAAUCUAACAAUAUGUUUCAGAUCACAACCGAUCCGCGUACACAGCAGGGUGUGAUAAUGCUAAAAAAGCCCCUGGACUUUGAGACCAAGCAGCUACACCAUGUACGAGUGGAAGCCGAAAACCCCACACUGGUGAAGGGGAAGAGGUACAAGACCAGCACCACACUGGUGAUCAAGGUGCUGGACGUUGACGAGCCUCCUGUGUUCAGCCGUUCUCGGUACCUCUUCAAGGUGUACGAGAACCAGCCCAAGUCCACUCCCGUGGGACUCGUUUCUGCAAGAGACCCGGAUCUGGUGAAAGAGCACAUCAGCUAUUCUUUACAGAAUGGGACGGAACUAUUCAGAAUUGAGGAUGAUGGAAUGAUUUACACCAGAAAGCGACUGGAUAGAGAGCAGUCUGCGUGGCACAGCAUUAUAGUGGCUGCCAGUGAAGCUGGCAAGAGUGAUUCGGUAUCCACUACGACCGUACUUAUUAAAGUUCGGGACAAAAAUGACAACGCACCAACACUUGCAGACAGUUAUCCUCCCCAUGUGUGUGAGAACGACCCAAUUGGAACUGUAAUCCAAAUUAUCUCUGCUGUUGAUCAGGAUGAAAUGGCACCAGAUGGUAAAUUCUCCUUCAGUAUUCCACUGAAGGUCAGCAACUUCUCUGUGAAAAACAACGGCGAUCACACUGCCAACAUCACCGUGAACCAGGCAGGCUUCGAUCGAAAUGAGGUUCAAGAGUACUCCGUCCCCGUCAUUGUUUCCGACAAUGGAUCACCAAACAUGAGCAGCAAUGCCACUCUAAGAAUUAAAGUGUGUCCCUGUGACAAAGACCGGAACCCAAUCAAUUGCGACAACCACAACACCCUCGUCUCGAAGAUUACCGUCACCAUCUUGCUGAUAAUAUUUCUCUGUAUCAUCGCUACUGCAGCCCUGGUCUUGCUGAUCGUGCGUCAGAAGAUACAUAAGAAGAGUGCCUUUGUGGGUUUGGUGAAGGCGCCGGGCGAGAUCCGUGAGCAGCUGGUGCAGUACGACGAGGAGGGUGGCGGAGAGAUGGACACCAACAGCUUCGACAUCACUGUGCUGAACUCCCUCCGGACAAAGGGGGGGCAGCCCUUGGAGGUGAGAGACUGUGCCCCGGUGUACGCCCGGCUCAGGAAGAACCGCAACGACAUGGGCUCAGUGGUCCAGAUGAAGAAGGACGAGGCAGACGGCGACAGGGACGGUCUGCCCUACGACACCCUCCACAUCUAUGGCUAUGAGGGCUCUGACUCAGUCGCUGAGUCGCUAAGCUCCCUAGACAUCUCCUCCACUGACUCUGAGCAAGACUAUGACUUCCUCAAUGACUGGGGUCCCAGGUUCCAAAUGCUGGCCGAACUCUAUGGGUGUGACCCAGACGGGGACAGCCUGGGUUACUGAGGCAGGAGAAGCAUGUUGGAAGAGGGAGGGGAAGUGGGAUCGUGGGAGAAAUCGAUACCAAAAGCAACUGGAUCAUCUGGAGAUACACACAUUUGGGAGGUCACUCACCCUCAGCCAGUCUGAUUGUUUCAGUCUCAAUUAGUUUAAGUUUAUUGUCAUUCAAUCUAUAUGCCAAAUGAAACAACAUUCCUCUGGACCAAGGUGCACAACACGGUAAAUACAACUCACACAAACAACACAUGAAAUAAUAUUACCAAAACUAGAUUAACACAUAAUAAGAUUCAUUUACAACACUAGUUAAACAGUGUAACACUACUGGCACUUCAUACGUGAUGAGACCCAGGUGGUGGCAGGGAGUUCAGUGGUCUCACGGCCUGGGGGAAGAAGCUGUUUCCCAUCCAAACAGUUCUUAUUCUGAUGCUACGUUACCUCCUGUCUGAUGGUAGGAGGUCAAAGAGAUGGUUGGACGGAUGGGAGGGAUCACUGACAAUGCCAAGGACCCUUGUCAAUCCAGUGGCGCCACGGUACCAUAGUGGCUGGCGUAAUGCUAUCACAGCUCAGGGCAUCAGAGUUUGGAGUUCAAUUCCAGCGUCGUCUGCAAGAAUUUUGUAUGUUCUUCCCAUGAACACGUGGGUUUCCUCCUGGUCCCUCGGUUUCUUCCACUGUCCAUAGAUGUUCCAGUUAUUAGGUUAAUUGGUCAUUGUAAAGUUGUCCUGUGAUUGGCUAGGGUUGCUGGGCAGUGCAACAAGUUGGGCCAAAAAGGGUAUUUUCCGGCUUAACAAACACCACCACCCAGAAACUCACAGUGGUGCAUCUCUAAAUAAAUAAAAAUUAAGUUGAUAAUUCCCAGUCUAUCUACCCCACCUUGGCCCCCAACACCCUUAAUACACCCCCCAACAAUAAUAUAUUGAAACAAAGUCAGAGAAGGGGUCACCGUCUUUCAAACUUGGAUCACAGCUGACCUAAGUCUUAUCUCCAUCUGUCCCCUGCGUGGGAGAUUUCAACAGCUAGUUUUCAAUCAAAGGUGACGACCUGAUCCAUACAUAAGAGCCUUAGGAGAUUUCAGCGCCUGGAUCUCGGAACUACUCUCCAACCACAGAUGGUGGAAAUAUCAUUGUUAUUGUCAGAAAAGAUUCAAAUCUCUCAUGGAAUCAUAGCUGGGAUUGGAACUAGAGUGGGAUCAGGUCAAGAGAAUUAUAAUAUCAUGCCUUGUACAAGAGCUGCAGAGCAGAAUUAGCUUGAAGAUGAAAGAUGCUGAGGUGGCAAAGAACUAGAAGAACUCAUUGGGUCAGCCAGCAUCUGUGGAAGGAAAAUUACAAUUAUAUUUAUAUAUAUAUAUAAUCCUCCAUUGGUCAGGGUCGACCAGGGAUUUUGCAUCUCAGCUGUCUACAUGAUACACAAGCCAGGGCAGUACAAUAUGAAGAACAAGCUGUUGCCCAUAUAGCAGGCUACCCUUCUUUCCACACAGCUGAUGAAUCCAAAGGAAUGGCAGAGACCAAUGCAGUUUGGCACCAGCAUCUUUGCAGGAGUUGCCAAUCAGCAUUGAACUUGAUGUAGGGACCUUAGGGACUCGAGCUCUGGAUUAUUCCUUGGGAUUUACUCCCAAAGCCUUCCCCAUGCAAGGCAGCAGAGGUUUGAGAUCAGAGUUUUCCUUAUCCUAAAUGAGCUGCCAACCACAGUUGAUGACCCCAACUGCCCAAAGCAAAUGAGUUUAAGGCACCAGUAGCCUCCCUUUGCCCCUUCUCCUGUCAGUAGAAAUGAUUCCACCAGGCUCAGAGGCCAAGCCAUACGUGAAGGCCAGGAGCUGGAUUUGGUUGUCAGAGGCUAUUUGAGAUGCACACUAUUAGGAGGAUUUAGUAGGUAGUGGGAGCUUUUCCCCACUACCAUCCCUGCAUUAAACAAGUAGUGCAAAACGAGACCAAAAAAAGUGAGGUAGUGUACAAAGGUUCAUUGACCAUUCAGAAACCGAUUGCGGAGGGAAAGAAGCUGUUCCUGAAACAUUGAGUGCUUCUCUUCAGACUCAUCUACCUCCUCCUUUGUGGUAGCAAUAAGAAGGCAUGUACUGGAUGGUAGGAACCCUUCAUGGUGGACGCUACCCUUUUUGAGGCAUGACCUUUAGAACACCCUGCAUCGGGACUGAGUGGAAAUAGCAGUCCUACAUCUUUAACUCCACAGAUGCUACUUGACUUACUGAGUUUUUCCAAAGUUCUGUUUGUUUUAUUGCUGAUGACUUGCUUUCUUCCAGUAAGAAUAUGAUACACGAAUGGCCUCUAUCUCUGAUCUAAAUUUCUACAAAACCAGACUGACACACACAGCGCUGCAGUGGUGGAGCAGUUGGCUCAACAUCAUUGCAGCUCAAGGCAUUCCUGAGUUCGGAGUUCAAUUCUUUAAGGACUCUCUGUGUAUCCUCACCAUGGAAUGUGUGGAUUUUCCCUGGGUCCUCCAGUUUCCUCCCACAGUCCAAAGACCUACUGUGCAAGUUAAUUAGUCAUUGUAAAGUGUCCUGUGAUUAGGUUGGUAUUAAUCACAGUUGUGGGCUUGCUGGGGCAGUGUGCCUCAGAAGGCAUGAUGAGCCUAUCACUAAAUAACUAACAAAGAUGCUAGAGGAACUCAACAGGUCAGGCAGCAUCCAGGAAGAGGAAUAAACAGUUGAUGUUUCAGGCAGAGACCCUUCAUCAGAAAUCCUUGAUCUUAUGGCUGAGAUCUCUCAAACUUCAGUGCUGUCAUCAAAGCCAACAACCAGCUGAUGUCACAAAUUUAUUCCAAUGCAAUAUUAUUCUAAAAUCUUGUCUAACCAUCUCAAGUUCAAGUUUAUUCUCAUUCAACCGUACACAUGUGUACAGAUAAGCGAAGUAAAGUUCCUCUGGGACCAAGGUCCAAAAUAACUUCACUACAGUGAGGAUGGGAGAGGACCCAUUUGCACGGAGAGUGCUUGAUCAAUGCAGGCACGGUUUGAAAUUGGAAAUGGAUUUCUCAGGACUUGGCCCAAAGCAACAACUGUUUAUUCCUCUCCAUUGAUGCUGCCUGAUCUGCUGAGUUCCUUCAGCUUUUGUGUGUGUGUGUGAUGGUCUGGAUUUCCAACAACUCCAUAAUCCCUUGUGUUUAUGGAAAACUAGUCUGCAUCCAAGUUAAGGCAGAGCUGGGAUGGGCUCCUUGCAUGGUUUACAUGUAGACUGGGCUCCACACAAUUUAUAUGAAUGAAUUAACUGACAUUAUAAGAAGCCUCAGCAUUGACAUAGGAUCAAGGAAUUGCUAGCCACAGUAGGGAUUGGAUUUUGUUCACUCACUGUUGCAAACCUCCAGGAACUCACAGUCACAGGGGCAGCACAGUAGUGUAGCAGUUAGCGUAAUGUUUUCAUAACACCACCAAUGACUGUGGAUUAGUCCCGUCUACAGGGAGUUUGUACGUUCUGCCCAUGACAACAUGAUGCUCCUCGGGGUGGUCUAGUUUCCUCCCACAUUCCAAAGAUGUACAGGUUAUGUUGGCAUCAGAAACUUGGCGACACUUGCAGGCUGCCCAGUACAGUCCUCGCCGAUGUGAUUUGAUGUAAACGAUACAUUUCACUGUAUGUUUCGAUGUUUUGAUCUGCAUGUGACAAAUAAAGCUAAUCUUCUAAAAACUAUUUUUAAUUGACGCUCCUACAGGAGAACCAAGGUGUGCAUUCUACAUGGCCUUUUAGUUCUGUAACAAUGAAACCCCUCAGGUUUAAUCAUUCCUCAUUGGAUUUCAAUGUAUUCUAAUUUUUUUAAGUCUUGUGUUUUAGUAUUCAAAGUAAUGUGUUGGAAUAGUAGUGAAAGUUUGGUGUCUUUGUGCAGUAUUCUUAUCUAACUUUUUUUUGAUCUGUGGGAGCAAACUCAUUGUAAUUUCAGUAAAGUCCUGAAGCUUUGCACAACAGGAUUUUCUCAUCAAUGCCUCCCAAGAAGUGUGUUUUUUUUUAGUAAUUUUAUUAACAUUUUAUAUUGAAUGGGCUUGAUUGCUACCUGGCCAGUGUAGAUGUAGAAAAGGGUUUGUUUUUGAGACGUUCUUUGUUCAUAACUAGUAAUCCUCAAUAAAAAGUUGUUGAUAACUGUUUGUAAAUUUCAAUAAAAAUAAUUAAAUGUGAAAAAGGAUGAACUGAAUCUAAAUUCAAGAGAGAUUCAUGAUUUUUUAAUGUAAUUUCCAUUCCACGGGUGUAAAGGAGAAUGAAAUAAUUGUUACUCUUGAUCAGAUGCAGCACAAAAAACACACAUUAAGAUA